AUGUAUUCCUUUUAAUUUGAAGUUCUUGGUAAAGUCUAAGGUGUCUACUUUAGAAAAUACACUCAACUCAAAGCCCAGGAGUUGGAUUUGGUUGGCUGGGUACAAAACACAAAAUAAGGCACAGUCAUUGGAAUAGCAUAAGGAAGAAGAACUAAUGAACUCAAGGAAUGGCUGAAACAUACAGGAAGUCCAAAAAGCGUCAUAAAGAAAACAGAUUUUAAAAACGAUAAAAUAAUAGACGAAUUAGAAUAUGACUAAUUUGAUAUCAUUAAAUGA